UGUAAAAUUCAAAGUUUUUUGAUGUGCUAUUUUAGUAAAAAAUGAUUCAGGUGCAUUUAUUAAUACACAAGUAUUCGAAAACGAAAUUCUAAAUUUUCUAAAGGUCAAAUUCUGUCGUUACACAGACCUAGAUAUGCUGUCUUCAAGGUCGUUGUCUAAUGUGUGCUAUUCAAAUCGUUGAUUUCAGUCGAUCUACUGGCGAUGCGAUCAUUAAAUAUAAUUGAAUUGUUUUACAAAAAUACUAUAUAGAUGUGAAAAAUAAACGGCCGUACUAUAUGUAAAAGAAAGGCCCAAGUUCUUAAAAUCUCAAAAAAUAAUAUCAAAUAAACAAUAUAUAAACAAAUUUUCCAUUAUCACUUUAGCACUACUCAUACAACAAUUAUUUGUUCGCAUCUUCUAUACUUUGAAUAUUUUGCUUUCUCUUUUGAAAACCGCCCCUGUGCGCAUGACUCGACCUACACAAAAAGCCAGAAUACACACCACUGAAUCAACGUGUUCUCGCUCUUCGGUUAGUUGAGUGCAUGGUUACGUUGAGCGAACACUAACAAAUCAGCCAAAGCAGCUAAAGCAGCCACUAGUAGGCCAAGCGUAAUUGAUGUCGGAGUUAAUUUUUCUUUGUUGAAUUGUAAAAUUUCAAAAUAAUUUUAGUGCGCAAUUAAAAAAACAGAACAAAAACAUAUUUACACUAUAUAUUUGCGUUGUUUUAAAUAUAUUUAAUGAAAUUUAACUUUUAUUUACAAAUUUGCUACAAUAUUACCACUGGGACCUUCAAUUCCAAUUUGUGAAGCAAGAAUCGAUAAAGAAGAAAAGCAAAGACCCAAAGCCAAAACGAAAAUAAUAACAAAGGCGACAGAAACUGAAAGAAACUGAAAGUUUGUAAAAUAACCUUAGAAAAAUAAUAAAAAUUAAAUUGUGUUUAUUACAAAUAUUACGAAAAUUACGAAAAUUAUAAAAGCAAAGUGCAGUUUGUUUAAUUAAUGCGACGAUGCCAUCCUUGCUGGAAGCAUUAGAAAAGAAGUACUGGGCACCAGACAAUGAUUUCAAUGAGAAAGCCAUAAGCUCUUCCAAUGCUGAUGCACAAGGAGCUGCAGCGGCUGAAGAACGACUCAUAUCCAUUUUCAUACCCAGACAAUCGCCCCUAAUGUGUGUACCCGAACUGCUGGUUUUGAAUGAUUGCGACAUCGACUGUGCUGGCGAUUUCGAAAGUAUUAAGGAAAAGUGUCAACGAGUGCGCGAAUUGGAUUUAGCACAGAAUAAAUUACAAGAUUGGCAGGAAGUCUUCCACAUAGUGAAACACAUGCCUCGCAUUGAAUUUUUAAAUUUAAGUAAAAACCACUUAGUGGGACCCAUAUCAGAGCUGCACGCUCCAACAAUUUCAAAUCUGCGUAGUAUUGUGCUGAAUUGCACUUAUUUGGAUUGGAAUUGCGUGGAUGUGCUAUUAGAAAAUUCACCUAAAUUAGAGGAAUUGCAUUUAAGCUUAAAUAACUAUAAAGAGGUGCUCAUAGAUACAAACACAAACGAAGCAGCUACAGCUACAGCUACACCAACAGCUCACGAUCGGGAGCACAAUAUCACGGAGAACAACGACAACGACAACAUCAACGACAUUAGCCAACAAGCUUGUAAUGCGAACGAGUGUUGUUGUUGUUGUUGUCUCGCGGAUACAACGAAUACGCAGCAGCAAACUGAAGCGUCAAAGGCUAGUGAAGAUUGCAAGUAUUUAAGGAAAACAUCCGCACAUAAAGCACUAAAGACGCUACAUUUUACUGGUAACCCCAUUGAGUGCUGGCACGAAAUAUGUCGUCUGGGACGUGUAUUUCCAUACUUAGAGAACUUAGUCUUAGCUGACUGUCCUAUUAAAGCGAUUUAUGCGCACGAAGGUGACAAUCAAACAGGUGCUGAGGAUACAACCCAAACCGAUGAGCAGGAAAAUGACUGCCCUUACAAAUACUUUCCAAAUCUUGUGCUACUUAAUUUAAGUUCUGCCAAUAUAAAUACCUGGGACGAUAUUGAUAAGUUAGCGAAGUUUCCAAAACUAGAAAAUUUACGAGUUAAAAAUUGGCCCCUAUGGGAACGGCUGGAAUGUACAGAACAUGAACGCCGACAACUAUUAAUAGCACGUCUUCCUAAUGUAAGUCUCCUGAAUGGCGGUGGCGUUAUUACCGCAGAUGAACGUGAAGAUGCAGAACGUGCAUUUAUACGACACUACACAGAUAAACCAGUAAGUGAAAGACCUAAACGGUAUGAGGAACUUUUAACCAAGCAUGGCAAACUAGAUCCACUUGUUAACAUUAACUUAAAGCCUGAUAAACACGUUAAGGUGCUAAUCAUUUAUAAUGAUACUACUCAACCGCGACUAGUAGAUAUUAAUCGUACUGUUGCCGAUUUGAAGGUGAGCUUAGAGAAAGUGGUGGGCCUACCGGCGAACAAAAUGCGUUUAUAUUAUCAAGACCAAGACUACAAAGAAUUCGGACCAGAGCUUAUGAAAUACCCUAACAAACUACUGUACAGCUAUAAUUUACAGGCUGGUGAUGAAAUCAUCGUCGAUGAAAAAAAAUAAUUUCAAGUGAUUAUACAAUUUAUUUGUAAAUACGAACGUAGCGUUAAAUAUUGUAAAUU